UAAAAUGACUGGUAGAGGCAAAGGUGGAAAAGGUUUAGGAAAAGGAGGAGCUAAACGUCAUAGAAAAGUUCUUAGAGAUAAUAUUCAAGGAAUAACCAAACCAGCUAUCCGCAGAUUGGCCAGAAGAGGUGGUGUCAAACGCAUUUCCGGGCUCAUAUAUGAAGAAACUCGUGGUGUAUUGAAAGUUUUUCUAGAAAAUGUGAUAAGAGACGCUGUUACUUAUACUGAACACGCCAAGAGGAAGACUGUUACCGCCAUGGACGUUGUGUAUGCCUUGAAAAGACAAGGACGAACUCUGUAUGGUUUUGGUGGAUAAAAAAAUCUUGCUCCAAAGCAAAUAAUACCCAACAGCCCUUUUUAGGG